GAAAAGGAAUAUCCAUUGAAAACCCCUCCAAUGCCACUCUGAUUCGUUUAUCUAUCCUCUCCAACCCUACGCACACACUUCUUGCAGUAUUAAUCAAACUCAAUAAACCCCAAACCCCAACUAUCUUCUUUCCAAAGAAGUCACCAUACAUAAAUUUAAGAUCUACCUGCAAAUCAUCAUGGGCACAUCUUCUCUCUCUAUGAGUCCUGCUCUCUCUCCUCCUCCUUAUUCUGUCCUUGCCUCCUCUGCUUCAUCAUCUUCUUCCUCAUAUACUUCGAAUUCUAUCAAACUCUCUUGUUUUUGUUCUUCAAGAGCAAAACCCAUUAGUGUAAUUUGCACAAAGACUCGUUCUUUGCAGUGUAAAAGAUCCAAUUUUUGUUGUAAAGUGAAAGAAAAACCAUUUAGACAGAGACCCUUUAUUUCAGCUUGCAAAAUGACCAUCACAGAGAAUGCGGAUGUAGAGGAAGAAAGUCCUCCUCCUUUGCUUGAAUCUGAGAUGAGUUCAAGACCUCGGCGUAUUGCUCUCUUUGUUGAGCCCUCUCCAUUUUCAUACGUUUCUGGAUAUAAAAAUCGGUUCCAGAAUUUUAUAAAAUAUCUACGUGAAAUGGGGGAUGAGGUGAUGGUUGUGACAACACAUGAAGGAGUGCCCCAGGAAUUUUAUGGAGCAAAAUUGAUUGGAUCACGAAGCUUUCCAUGCCCCUGGUACCAAAAGGUGCCUCUUUCUCUGGCACUCAGCCCAAGAAUAAUCUCUGAGGUUGCCCGAUUUAAGCCUGACAUAAUACAUGCAUCAUCUCCUGGUAUUAUGGUAUUCGGUGCUCUCGCCAUUGCAAAACUGUUAUGUGUGCCUAUUGUGAUGUCUUAUCACACACACGUGCCAGUAUACAUACCAAGGUACACCUUUAGUUGGCUGGUCAAACCCAUGUGGUUAGUCAUAAAAUUUCUUCACAGAGCAGCUGAUCUUACUUUGGUACCAUCAGCUGCCCUUGGGAAGGAGCUUGAAGCAGCUAGGGUGACAGCAGGUAACAAGAUUCGUCUCUGGAAUAAGGGUGUUGAUUCUGAAAGCUUCCACCCACAAUAUCGCUCUCAUGAAAUGAGGUUAAGACUUAGCAAUGGUGAGCCUGAGAGACCGUUGAUAGUCCAUGUUGGGCGAUUGGGAGCUGAGAAGAGUCUGGAUUUCUUGAAAAGGAUCAUGGAUAGGCUUCCAGAAGCUCGAAUAGCUUUCAUUGGAGACGGGCCAUACAGGGGGGAGCUGGAAAAAAUGUUCUCUGGGAUGCCUGCAGUAUUCACGGGAAUGUUACAUGGUGAGGAGCUUUCUCAAGCCUACGCCAGUGGAGAUGUUUUUGUUAUGCCUUCGGAGUCUGAGACACUUGGCCUUGUUGUUUUGGAGGCCAUGUCAUCCGGGCUUCCUGUGGUGGCUGCUCGCGCUGGAGGAAUCCCAGACAUCAUUCCUGAAGAUCAACAGGGUAAAACUGGUUAUCUUUAUAACCCCGGGGAUCUUGAUGACUGCUUAAGAAAAUUGGAGCCUCUUUUGCGUGACUCUCAACUGAGAGAGACUAUUGGCAAAGCUGCACGCGAAGAGAUGGAGAAGUAUGAUUGGAGGGCUGCCACUCGGAAAAUUCGAAAUGAACAGUACAAUGCAGCCAUUUGGUUCUGGAGGAAGAAGAGAGCACAGUUACUCAGACCGUUUCAAUGGUUUGUUAAGCGAAUUUCCCGGGCACCAGCAAUUAACUACCGGUGAUACAUAUUUCUUGGGAUUUGGACUCGCAUGUUUUUUAGAAGGCCUUUGAAAGUAUGUAUGUGAUGUAUUGCUUGAAUCAUUACAUUCAUUUGUAUGAUAUGGACCUCAAAAAUUGGUCCGCUUGUUAUCCUAGUUCAUAUCGUUUGGUUUUUAAAUAAAAUUGGUGUAAUAAACAACGAAUAAUCAUCGAUUUAUAUUAGAA